AUGACGACAGUGCAGUCAGCACCGUAUUUAGAUGUCUGUCUGUGUCGACCCAGGGCCGCGACUCCAGCAGAAGCCACUGUGCGCCUGCAGGCAGACCUGGGAACCGCCGUGCUACACUACCCCCGUGUGCUCUCCAGUCGCGACAAAGAGCCACCUCAUUGGCUGCAAGCAAGCGCGAAUGUGGCCGAGCAGGCGGGCCCUUCAGACGCGCGCCCGGAAACGGGAAGCACCGCGGAGCUGAAUCUGGCCAGUAAUGACGUCACUGAGGGUGCGCCGCGCUUGCCCUCUUCCAACGAGCGACAAGCUUCACCGAUAAUACCUGAUGUAGACAUGGUGGAGUACGAAGCGACCUGGUCCCCACCACGUGGUCCACACCACCUGGUCCCCGAGACCUGGUCCCCACCACCUGGUCCCCACCACCUGGUCCCCGAGACCUGGUCCCCACCACGUGGUCCACACCACCUGGUCCCCACCACCUGGUCCACACCACCUGCUCCACACCACCUGGUCCCCGAGACCUGGUCCCCACCACCUGGUCCCCACCAGCUGGUCCCCGAGACCUCGUCCCCACCACGUGGUCCACACCACCUGGUACACACCACCAGGUCCACACCACCUGGUCCCCACCACCUGGUCCACACCACCUGGUCCCCACCACCUGCUCCACACCACCUGGUCCCCACCACCUCGUCCCCGAGACCUGGUCCCCACCACGUGGUCCACACCACCUGGUCCCCGAGACCUGGUCCCCACCACCUGGUCCACACCACCUGGUCCCCGAGACCUGGUCCCCACCACCUGGUCCACACCACCUGGUCCCCGAGACCUGGUCCCCACCACGUGGUCCACACCACCUGGUCCCCGAGACCUGGUCCCCACCACCUGGUCCACACCACCUGGUCCCCGAGACCUGGUCCCCACCACCUGGUCCACACCACCUGGUCCCCGAGACCUGGUCCCCACCACCUGGUCCACACCACCUGGUCCCCGAGACCUGGUCCCCACCACCUGGUCCACACCACCUGGUCCCCGAGACCUGGUCCCCACCACGUGGUCCACACCACCUGGUCCCCGAGACCUGGUCCCCACCACCUGGUCCCCACCACCUGGUCCCCGAGACCUGGUCCCCACCACGUGGUCCACACCACCUGGUCCCCACCACCUGGUCCACACCACCUGGUCCCCACCACCUGCUCCACACCACCUGGUCCCCGAGACCUGGUCCCCACCACCUGGUCCCCACCAGCUGGUCCCCGAGACCUGGUCCCCACCACGUGGUCCACACCACCUGGUACACACCACCAGGUCCACACCACCUGGUCCCCACCACCUGGUCCACACCACCUGGUCCCCACCACCUGCUCCACACCACCUGGUCCCCACCACCUCGUCCCCGAGACCUGGUCCCCACCACGUGGUCCACACCACCUGGUCCCCGAGACCUGGUCCCCACCACCUGGUCCACACCACCUGGUCCCCGAGACCUGGUCCCCACCACCUGGUCCACACCACCUGGUCCCCGAGACCUGGUCCCCACCACGUGGUCCACACCACCUGGUCCCCGAGACCUGGUCCCCACCACCUGGUACACACCACCUGGUCCCCACCACCUGGUCCACACCACCUGGUCCCCGAGACCUGGUCCCCACCACCUGGUCCACACCACCUGGUCCCCGAGACCUGGUCCCCACCACCUGGUCCACACCACCUGGUCCCCGAGACCUGGUCCCCACCAUGUGGUCCACACCACCUGGUUCCCGAGACCUGGUCCCCACCACCUGGUCCCCACCACCUGGUCCCCGAGACCUGGUCCCCACCACCUGGUCCACACCACCUGGUCCACACCACCUGGUCCCCGAGACCUGGUCCCCACCACCUGGUCCACACCACCUGGUCCCUGAGACCUGGUCCCCACCACCUGGUCCACACCACCCGGUCCCCGAGACCUGGUCCCCACCACCCGGUCCCCGAGACCUGGCCCCACCACGUGGUCCACACCACCUGGUCCCCGAGACCUGGUCCCCACCACCUGGUCCACACCACCUGGUCCCCGAGACCUGGUCCCCACCACCGGGUCCACACCACCUGGUCCCUGAGACCUGGUCCCCACCACCUGGUCCACACCACCCGGUCCCCGAGACCUGGUCCCCACCACCCGGUCCCCGAGACCUGGCCCCACCACGUGGUCCACACCACCUGGUCCCCGAGACCUGGUCCCCACCACCUGGUCCACACCACCUGGUCCCCGAGACCUGGUCCCCACCACCGGGUCCACACCACCUGGUCCACACCAUCUGGUCCCCGAGACCUGGUCCACACCACCUGGUCCCCGAGACCUGGUCCCCACCACCUGGUCCACACCACCUGGUCCCCGAGACCUGGUCCCCACCACCUGGUCCACACCACCUGGUCCCCGAGACCUGGUCCCCACCACGUGGUCCAUACCACCUGGUCCCCGAGACCUGGUCCCCACCACCUGGUCCACACCACCUGGUCCACACCACCUGGUCCCCGAGACCUGGUCCCCACCACCUGGUCCACACCACCUGGUCCACACCACCUGGUCCCCGAGACCUGGUCCCCACCACCUGGUCCACACCACCUGGUCCCCGAGACCUGGUCCCCACCACCUGGUCCACACCACCUGUUCCCCGAGACCUGGUCCCCACCACCUGGUCCCCGAGACCUGGUCCACACCACGUGGUCCACACCGCGUACUGGGCGCAGGUUCUGGGCGCAGCUUUGGCAUAUCGCGGCCACACAGGUACGCCGACCGACCCGCUGCCGCUCUCCGCCGUUUCUGCGGACAGCCAGAGCUGA